GCAGCUAGUCACCAGUCUGUUGCAGCACUGCAGCGCUCCGUGUCCCGGAGGUGGGCAGAUUUCUGGUCUCGUGGUCGUAAAUGGUAUGAGACCACAACAGGUUCACGCGCCUGCUACACACGCGCUCCGUUCCCAGGGUUUCUCUUCAGAGAUUCUUGAUUGUUUUGUAAAACUUGUCAGAAGGUUAACUUCGAACAUUCCCGAAAGACACGGAAAGUCAUUGUUGAUUUGAAGCGGUCCGCGGAUAUUCACAAUGAGUUUUUCUGUAAAUCUUGACAGCUUGGCAGUCGCUGCUCGAAAAGAGCUGACGUAAGCGACUGAGGUGAAGACGCGAAGCUAACAGCUGGGACAGGGCAGGUAUCUUAUUAGCUCUGCAGAGGUGAAGGAUGGGGCGUAAACUGGAUCUCUCUGGUCUGACGGAUGUGGAGGCUGAGCAUGUGAUGCAGGUGGUGCAAAGGGACAUGGAGCUGCGCAAGACUGAGGAGAUGCGGCUCAAAGAGAUGAAGAAGACACUGGUUGAGGAGGGCAGUCGGUCUGUUCUGCUGUCGCGGCAGCACAGGUUUAAUGAGCGCUGCUGCAUCCGCUGCUGUUCUCCCUUCACAUUUCUGCUCAACCCAAAACGUUGCUGCCUGGACUGUUGCUACAACAUCUGCAAGGGCUGCUGCACAUAUAGUAAGAAGGACAAAGGUUGGCUGUGCUCCGCCUGCCAGAAGACCAGGCUACUGAAGACCCAGUCACUGGAAUGGUUCUACAAUAAUGUGAGAAGGCGUUUUAAAAGGUUUGGCAGUGCCAAAGUAUUAAAGAACCUCUACAAGAGGCAUGCGGCUGAGCAUGGAUCGCUAACAGAGCUUACAGAGGGGAGCACUUAUGAGGAGAGUGUCUGCAAUGAGAGUAGUAUGUAUGAGAGCGACUCCACGUUUUACAGGCAAAGUGAAGAGCACAGCAUGGCUGAGACUAUUAAUGUGGCACAGCGGGUGGCAGAAGAGGCCAUAGAUGAGGCUAUUGCUAAGGCUGAGAGCCAGACUGGCAGUCAAGAGAAGGAGAAAGAAGCUCAUUAUUUGCGAGAGAACAGAAGAGAGCUGAUAGAGGAAUUGACCACAACUAUAGUACAAAAAAUUGUCCGCCGGAAAAAGGAUCAACGGACUGAUGAGAACAGUGAUCGAAUCUCUCCUGAUCAAACCCAGAGUGCCUUUGAUGCUCCUCUCUGGAAGUCUCGCUCAGCUUUCUGUCUCAUGACUGAUGAGAAAACAGACCAGCAUGCUAACACUGGGUCAAGACCUUCAUCCUCUAUAAGUCAUACUCUGGAAACAAUGGAAGAAACGAUGCCUGUCCAGGCCAUGCCUAGCUGGAGGAGUGUCGACCGAUUGGACAAUUCCAUGUUACAGAGUCCUGAUGGUAACUGGAUUGCUUAUCAGAGCAACCUGCUCUCUCGACCAGGCCUUUUAACUAAGCGGAAAAGUCUGGUCUACAGCGUCUUGGAAAGGGAGUCUGAUGUGGUGUCAGCUUACGAUGAGAUGGGCUCAGAAACAGAGCCUGAAGCUAAUGGGGUCUGGGGCGUUGCCCUGGAAGAGUUUCGGCGUAAAAUGUCUGCCAAUAAGCAGUUGGGUUACCAAGAGUCCUACAGCCAUCAAGCAACCUUGCCUUUAAAUGCACAAGCACAACACCUCACUGCACACACCUUGAAUGCUGAUGCUGAGAACUCCUCAGGACAGGAAGGGACGCUACCCCAGUCCCCGAAAACUCUGCUGCCCUUCUUGAAGAGAAAAGUGCCACUAGAACACAGACGACCCUCAUCCGCCCGCUGUGCGAAUAUCAUGGAUAUCAGUUUCAAUCCAGGAGGUGCUGAAAGCAGCGAGGAUGGCCUAGAGGACAACAGUGUCAAAAGGUCACGGCGAAGGAGGAAAAAUAAAAGAGAGGAGGCAGAGUGGAAAGGACAGUCGGAUUCCAAUAGCCACGUCUUAGAUGAUCUGAUGAAGAGGCGUCAUGUGAAACAAGGCACUUCAGACACUUCAGACACUGCGACCCCUGACAUCUUGAGCUCUGGAGCCGUGACCCCUGAUCCAUUUGGAAUUGGUCUCAAUUCUCCCAGCAAUUACAAUCAUGGGGCCCUUGGUGUACUUGGAUCUUUUGAUCAGGAGUUGACUUCCAAAUUGAAAGAGCUGACCAGUCAAGUCAGAGAAACACAACUUUCCUCCACUGAGGAUGAACUGGACAGGUUUGAGUAUCAACUGGGGAAUGAAGAAAAUAAGACAAACGCAAAAGUGGGAGAUAAAGUCAUGGGAGAUGCUUCAUUGAAGUUUGAGUCUGAUUCAAAAGAAAAGUCAGAUGAAAAUGAAUCCACAAAUCAAGUGAGAUCAACUGAGAUAUUGAAAGAUGACCUGACUUCCAUAUUGAGAGAGUUGACCAGUCAGGCCAGCGAGACACUGCUUUCCUCAACUGAAGAUGAACUGGACAGGUCUGAGUAUCAAACUGAAACCAAGGGUAUAAAUCAGUCAAAAAGAACUGAGCUGCUGGUGGUACAUGACAGGACAGAUGGAACCAGCAUUAUAGAAUAUAAUGAGAAAACCCAAAACCAUGCAGAGAAAUCAGAAGACAGUAGAUCAGAGAAAAGGCAAAAGGACACUGUGGCAAAGCAGGACAUUAGUGAGCAAAAGAACACGGGUGAGACACAAAUGUCAGAAGAAAUUAGCUCUGUGAGCCGAAAACAGACACUUGCUGAGACAGAUACACAAAAUGAGAUAGCUAGAGAGAGAGUUGAAGAGACAAAGAACGAGCAAGAGGUUCAGACUGAAAAAGCUGAAAUAAAAGAUUGUGGAAAUGCAGUUGAAGGUCAGCAGAGCAGAGCUGAGAAUACAGAGACGGUUGAUCAAAUUGAGGAGCUGGGAGAGGUCUUAUCCAGCGAACUGGCUUUGAGUAGAUUGAUAAGUGAAGAUGGAAAGAUGGAAUUUGAUAGGAUAAUUAAUACUGCAGUGAAGGCUUUAGAUGAUAUGGAAGAACGCAUAGAAGCUUAUACUUGUGAGGGGGUAUUUUUAGACAGAGAGAGAAGUGAGGGAGAGAAAUAUAAGAUGAUGGAAGAAGACAAGAAUGUAAGUGUACAGGUAAUGGAUGACAAGACAAUAUCCGAGGGAUGCUUUGUUGGUGGAAAAUCGAAGGAGGUGCAGGAAAAAGAAAUGAAGGUAGCGGGCAAGAUCAAUGAAGUUGUGGCACUAAAGAGCAACACUAAAGAUACAGAGAAGACAACAGACAAACAAUGCAGCAAAUCAUCAAAAGAGAAAAUUCAAAAGAAGUACAGCAACAGUCGAGGUGAUAUGAUUGAAAAAAGGGAGAAACAGAGGAACCCCACAACUCAGCACAGCGCCCCAUAUGGUCAGGAGCAGUAUCUGUCACCAGAGGAGAUCUACAAGGAUGCACACAUGCUGGACAUAGAGAAAAACCUACAUUUAAUCUCCAAUAUACUGCAACAGAAGUACUCGGCCACAUCACUGCGCAGCAUCACCACAGAAGUGCUAAAAGUACUGAACGCUACAGAGGAUCUGAUUCACGGAUCUGUGGGAGAUGGACAGUGCCAGUCAGACCACAGUGAUGUCUCAGUAAUUCCCCCUGCCGAGGCCAGAAGACUGGAUGAGCAGCUCAGCGGACUUGAGGAGAAUGUAUAUGUGGCGGCAGGUACAGUGUACGGGCUUGAGGCUGAACUGGGGGAUCUGGAGGAGUGUGCACGCAGCAUCAGUGGAUCCACCACUGAAAGAGAUCUGUCACAUCUGGAGGACCAGGUGGCUUCUGCAGCAGCUCAGGUGCAGCAGUCUGAGCUCCAGGUUUCAGACAUUUCCUCAAGAAUUGCUGCUCUGAAAAAUGCAGGUCUAAAUGUAACUCCACAGACCCAAUUUACCAAGGUCAAGACUACAAAAACCAAGACACAAACCAUUAGCUCAUCUCGGAAACUGCGGAGGCGACUGCCAGCGCCUCCAAAACAAGAUAAAGAAGCAUAAUGAGGAAAGUGGGAAACAUCAGCAAGAAUCACCACAAAGUUACAUAACUACAAACUUAAAAAAGCCACUGAUCACAUGUGCCUUGAAGCUCAUGGCUCAUAGAUAAUAUUUUAUGGCCUCCAGAUUCAAAUAGACUGAUGCCAUUUUACACAAACAAAUAACUCUUGGAUAAGAUUGCUUUAUUAACUCCCUCCCCUCAUAAAAAUAAUAAUGUAAAAUAAAUAAUAAACUAAAAUAAUGUAAUAUUUUACAA